UCAUCAACACAAUUCCAUCGACGGUGCAGAUGCUCCAGGAGCAGUAGUACUCAUCAGCAGUCACGUGCUCCUCACGUGACCCGAGCUGUCAUUCCAACCGUCGUCCUCGCCGAGCUUGUACAUAAAACCUCGACCUGAUCAUUCGCGAACUGUAAAUUAAAUUGCUGAGCAGAUCUAAUCAAUUCUCCAAAAUUAGAAAUAUAUACAUAUAUAUUUUUAGAUAUAUAAUUGGUUGAUGGAUCGACGGCGGGAGGAUUUGGACGGCGCGCUAACGACGUUCGGUUUCGAGAUCGACGAAGUAUCGCCGGAGAAGGUUUCCGGUCACAUGGAGGUGAGGGAGAAGUGCUGCCAGCCGUACAAGGUGCUGCACGGCGGAGUGACGGCGCUGAUCGCGGAGGCGAUUGCGAGCAUCGGAGGACACGUGGCGUCGCCGGAGAAACGGAGAGUCGCCGGAGUGAAUCUGAGCAUCAGUCACGUGAAGAGUGCGAAGCUUGGGGAUUACGUCGUCGCGGAGGCUACGCCGCUCAGUGUUGGCAAAACAAUUCAGGUAUGGGAUGUACGUUUCUGGAAAUGCGAUUCUUCCACGAGUGACGUAAAAACGCUGAUUUCAUCUGCAAGACUUACGCUUCUCUGCAACUUGCCGGUGCCGGAAUCGCACAGGAAAGUUGGCGAUAUUAUCAACAGCUAUGCUAAAUUAUAAGAACUUGUUUCGUUUCAUAAUACAAUUGUAAUAAAGGAAUAUUACAAUUUCGGGCAUGUUGAACGACCAUCUCAUUUUGUUGUUGGUACUAUCCUUUCAAAAAUGAAAAUCAUACAAAAUCUCUAAUUUAUAUACCU